AUCACAGCCAUUCUUCUACUCUCUCUCUCUCUCUCGAUCUUCCAUCAAACUGAAUAAAUAAAUAAAAAACACGUUUCUAUGUUAUUGUAGCAGUAUUUUUCUUUUUUCAUGGUUUAGUUUGUAAGUGAAUUUAUUUUUACGUUUUUCAUAGGCAAUUAGAAAGAUUCAAUAUAGUCAUAGUAAGUUUGCAGGUGGGGCGUUUGUCUUGAGGACAUGGAGACAACAUCCAAAUCCAAUUAGUCCUAUUAUCUGCUCUUUUGCUAUACUCCUGUCAGAAAAAAAGUUGGCUUUCUCAUCGGGACAGGAAGUAAUGGCGGCCAUUUUGUUCCACAUCUUUUUAGCAGUCUUUUGGGUCCAUUUUGCGCAAGCAACUGGUAGUCUUCUUUCUCCAAAGGGUGUUAACUAUGAGGUGGCCGCAUUGAUGGCUGUGAAGAAAGAAAUGAGAGAUGAGUCCGGUGUUAUGAACGGUUGGGAUUUGAACUCUGUUGAUCCUUGCACUUGGAAUAUGGUCGGUUGCUCUCCUGAAGGCUUCGUCUUCUCCCUGGAAAUGGCAAGUGCAAGAUUAUCAGGAACUCUUUCGCCUAGUAUCGCGAAUUUGAGUCACCUAAGAACAAUGUUAUUGCAGAGCAAUCAUUUAUCUGGUCCAAUUCCAGAAGAGAUCGGAAAGCUCUCAGAUCUUCAAACUCUUGACCUCUCAGGUAACCAGUUCGUUGGUGGUAUUCCGAGCUCUUUGGGAUUUCUGACCCAUCUAAGUUACUUGCGACUCAGUAAAAACAAGUUAACUGGGCAGAUUCCAAGAUUGGUGGCCAAUCUUACUGGACUUUCAUUCUUGGAUUUAUCAUUUAACAAUCUUAGUGGUCCAACUCCAAAAAUAUUAGCAAAAGGUUACAGUAUUGCUGGGAAUAGAUAUCUUUGCACUUCCUCACAUGCACAAAAUUGCACGGGUAUCUCAAAUCCAGUGAACGAGACACUUUCAUCUGAGCAAGCCAGAAGUCAUCAUCGGUGGGUGCUCUCUGUUGCCAUAGGCAUCAGCUGCACUUUUGUCAUUUCUGUCAUGCUGCUUGUCUGUUGGGUGCAUUGGUAUAGAUCUCGUCUACUCUUCAUAUCAUAUGUGCAACAAGAUUAUGAAUUUGAUAUUGGUCAUUUGAAGAGAUUUUCUUUCCGUGAACUACAAAUUGCUACAAACAACUUUAGUCCAAAAAAUAUCUUAGGGCAAGGUGGAUAUGGUGUGGUUUACAAAGGAUGUCUCCCAAAUAAAACUUUCAUUGCAGUUAAAAGGCUGAAGGAUCCAAAUUUUACUGGAGAAGUGCAGUUUCAAACUGAAGUGGAAAUGAUUGGCUUGGCUUUACAUAGAAACCUCUUAUGUUUGUAUGGCUUCUGCAUGACACCUGAUGAGAGGUUGCUUGUUUAUCCUUACAUGCCAAAUGGCAGUGUUGCUGACCGCCUGAGAGAGACCUGUCGAGAAAAACCUUCUUUAGAUUGGAACAGACGGAUACACAUUGCCCUUGGGGCUGCCCGUGGACUUCUAUACUUGCAUGAACAAUGCAAUCCAAAGAUAAUUCACAGGGAUGUUAAAGCUGCAAACAUUUUACUUGAUGAAGGUUUUGAAGCUGUAGUUGGGGACUUUGGUCUUGCUAAGUUGUUGGAUCUUAGAGAUUCACAUGUGACAACUGCGGUGCGGGGGACUGUAGGACACAUUGCACCCGAGUAUCUUUCAACUGGGCAAUCAUCUGAUAAAACUGACGUUUUUGGAUUUGGCAUACUACUUUUGGAACUUAUAACAGGGCAAAAGGCAUUAGAUGCUGGAAAUGGCCAGGUUCAGAAGGGAAUGAUUCUUGACUGGGUUAGAACUUUGCAUGAGGAGAAGAGGUUGGAAGUGCUAGUGGAUAGGGAUCUGAAGGGAUGUUUUGAUGUGUCCGAGCUGGAAAAAGCUGUGGAUUUGGCUCUGCAGUGUACUCAGUCACAUCCUAACCUUCGGCCAAAAAUGUCAGAAGUCUUGAAGGUCCUAGAAGGUAUUGUUGGGCAGCCUGCAAUUGAGGAAUCACAAGGUGCAACUAGUAUUGGUGAGGCAAGGGCAUGCAAUUGCUCAAGGCAUUGUAGCGAUGUUCAUGAGGAAUCUUCUUUCAUCAUUGAAGCAAUGGAGCUUUCCGGACCUCGAUAACCUGUGGGGAUUGGUUUGCUUUAGAAGGAUGCUAAAAUGUUCUUAAAUCUUGCGUGUGGUGGAAAAACUGCAUUCUUGAUCAUCACUGAGAGAAACUCCAGACAAGAUACUCCUCGUCUUCUGGGCCUUCUAAUAUUCAUUUAGAGCAGCCCCAGCCCCCAGCUAACAUGCUUUUCGUCCACCGCUUGUACUUCUAGGAUUAACGCACAUGGCAUGCAAAUGCAACUUAUAAUUGACCAUCGUUACCAAGAACUUGCUUCCCUCCUCUUAAAUCCUCCCAUACAGCUUGAUUAAUGG